UCGCAGGUAUGGAAUAAUGUGAAGUUUUUAACUCACAUGGCAUGUGUAAGAAGCUGUUAUUGCUGUCUCUUUCACAGAAAGGUUUCGCACAAUAAUCGUGUCGAGAAAGAGAAAGUGGCAACACGAUAAAGUACACACAGUAGGAAAGUUGGGAAGUGAUAACUGUUAAGUGCAACUCAGCAAGAAAAAAGGAAAAUGGAGUGAAAAUUGAAAGAAAGGAGCCUUUCUCUUUAUACCAAGAUAAACCCUUGUUGUGUGAUUUAUUUUUUCCCUAGAAGUUUCUCUAAGUUAGUUUGUCUUUUGUUUUUGUUUUCUGGGAUUUAUUGUCAGAUCUAGAAGCAGUUCAUUUUGCUCUCAUUUUGUUGGGGUUUUUUCAACGGUAGAAGGGUUUAUCAUUAGUGAGACUAGGGGAGUGCGGUUUGAACUGUGAGGUCGUAUUUCGUUGGAUUUGAUGUUAUUUGAUUCUGUAGUUUGAAGGGUUUGUCUCUUUCGGGCGGGCUAUUUUUAUCCGUAAUCAUUUUACUGAUAUUGUUUUUUGGUUUGAUAUUUGGAGAGCCCUCGUUCCAUAUAAUAGGAAAGUCGGUGCCUUUUUUGUUCCCAAGUUGAAGUAAUUAGGAAAUAAUUGUGCAAGUUAGGAUACCUUUAAUUUAUUUGUCUGAGAACUGAAUGCUAGAAGAUAGUACUUGUUUUGUUUGUCUGGAAUUUGAUUGAAUUGAGGAGCUGCUUCAAGUCCUUUUUCAUCAUUUUCUUUGUUUCUGUAAUAUUUAACUCGAGCUAUUAGUGGAGAUUCGCACUGGAGUGGCUAGGGGUAACUGCAGGUGUUACUAUGUCGUCCUUGAGUCGAGAACUAGUUUUCUUAAUACUGCAAUUCUUGGAUGAGGAGAAGUUCAAGGAGGCUGUCCACAAAUUGGAGCAAGAAUCUGGAUUUUUCUUCAAUAUGAAGUACUUUGAGGAUCAAGUCCAAGCUGGUGAAUGGGAGGAAGUUGAGCGUUAUUUAAGUGGAUUCACAAAAUUACAUUUCAGUUCCGAGUCUUUCUCUCUUGCAAAUCAUUAUGGUAAGCAUUACAGGCAGAAUGAGCAGCUCUCCAAAUAUGGGGACACAAAGUCAGCAUGCAACAUUAUGCUGGUUGAGCUGAAAAAGCUUCUCGAAGCAAAUCCCUUGUUUCGCGAUAAGCUAUCAUUUCCGGUUUUCAAGGGUUCAAGACUAAGAACACUCAUUAACCAAAGUCUUAAUUGGCAGCAUCAGCUUUGCAAAAAUCCUCGACCGAACCCUGAUAUUAAAACUCUUUUUAUUGACCACUCUUGUGCUUCGAGUAAUGGCGCUCGUGCCCCACCUCCAACUAAUAACCCUCUCGAGGGGCCUGUUCCUAAACCAGGUGUUUUUUCUCCUCUCGGAAUUCAUGGUCCUUUCCAGCCAGUUGUUUCACCACCUCCAAGUGCAAUUGCGGGUUGGAUGUCAACUGCUAACCCGUCAAUACUCCAUGCUCCUGUUGCUGCUCCUCCUCUUGGUCUUGUUCAGGCUCCAAGUUCUUCUGCAUUUUUGAAACAUCCGAGGCCUCCUCCAGGUCCACCUGGAAUGGAUUAUCAGACUGCAGAUUCUGAGAAUUUGAUGAAACGACUUCGUCCUGGACAGCCUGAUGAGGUGUCAUUUUCUAGUCCUACUCAUCCACCAAAUAUCAAUUCACCAGACGACCUUCCGAAAACUGUUGUGAGGAACCUCAGCCAAGGAUCAAAUGUUAUGAGCAUGGAGUUCCACCCGCAACAACAGACGGUUCUUUUAGUAUGUUAUACAAUAUUCUCUGUGUUUGGAGUAUUGAUGGAUGGGAGAAGAAGAAAUCGAGGCCCAUUCUGGCCCCACCCGGUCAACUCGCUCCCGGUUAACUCACUCCCCUGGUUGGGGAAACUAGAGUUCAAUUCCAUAAAAAUCAAUCUAAUCUACUCGUUGUUCAUGAAAGCCAAAUUGCUAUAUACGAUUCUCAGCUUGAAUGCUUGCGCUCGUCGUGGAAAUUUGUUCCCCGUGGUAAUUGCAGCCAACCCAUCGGACACCAACCAAUUCGCGCUUGGCAUGAAUGAUGGUGGGGUCCACGUCAUCGAAACUUCGGAUGGGGAGGCCAAAUGGGGGGGUGGUGUUGGUGGGUCCACGUCACAGGAAAACGGGGUUUUGCCUUCAGUUCCCUCGAGUUCCGCUUUAAAUGCUCAGCCCCCAUCUGAAACUCCUUCCAGGUGAAUCUAUUAUCUCAUUUCUUGUUUUCGAAUUUCGAGUGGACACCUAAAGCAUUACACUUCUUCUAAAAAUAAUAAUAAAAAAAAUUCAUGAUACGUUUCCUUGGCCCGACUGAUGUGUCAAGUGUUUCAGCAAAGCUAUCUUGUGUUUUUCUUCGACCUUUGGGAGUAAACUGUGGCAAGGUUUAGUUUUUACGACAAUUGCCAGUUGGUUAACUUAGGCGCAUAGGUUUUUCUGUCUGAACCAUCUCAUUGAAUUUGUUUGUAAAUUCAUUUUCUAUAUUUUGUUUCCAUCUCCAAUUUAUUGUGUUUUAUCAAAUUGUGGCUCUGUUGCCUUUUUC